AUGCUGCUAAUUUCGACCAGAGCAGGAAGCAUGAGCAGAGCAGUGCAGCUGUUCCUCCUGUUGGUGGCGCUGUCCCACACGGCCAGGGGUCAGGGUAAGAGACGCAAAGGACAGAGGGACGACAACCAGAUCAUCAUCAAUGAAGGGAAAACUCUGAUUUGCCCUGUGGAGGUCAUGUUCAUCGUGGACAGCUCAGAAAAGGCCAAGGCGCUGCUGUUUGAGAAGCAGAAGGAGUUUGUCCUGAGGUUCAGCACUCGUCUGAUGCAGCUGCAGGCGGUGGGCUGGCGUCUGAGGGUGCGCCUGGCUGCCUUGCAGUACAGCAGCUCCAUCUCCCUGGAGCACAACUUCCGCGACUGGCAGGACGUGGACGUGUUCCAGAGCCGGGUCGCCGCCAUGGCCUACAUCGGUCACGGCACCUACUCGGCCUACGCCAUCAGCAACGCCACGCAGGUGUUCAACCGCGAGACUGCCGCCUCCAGCCUGCGGGUGGCGCUGCUGAUGACCGACGGGGUGGACCACCCCCGCAGCCCCAGUGCGGUCAGUGCUGCCGCCCAGGCCAAGAACUACAACAUCCGGGUGUUUGCUAUCGGGCUGUCCAGUCUGUCCAGGGACCGUCUUACCAGCUCCCGGCUGCGCUCCAUAGCCAGCGCCCCUCCACAGCAAUACGUCUUGAGCCUCACCGAUGACCAACUGGAAGACAAACUCUUCAGAGAACUGGUGAGGGAAUAUUGCCCCCUGCCCAAAUCCUGUUUGUGUGACAAAGGAGAGAGAGGUCCCCCUGGGAGCUCAGGGAAAAUAGGGGAACCAGGAUCUGAUGGGGCUCCAGGGCCUAAAGGCUCUCGUGGGGAAUCAGGGAUCAACGGACGCCCAGGAAUGGAAGGUCUUGAGGGUCGUUCUGGCACUAGAGGGGAGAAGGGGGAGCGAGGCGAGUGCGGCGCCCCUGGGAUGAAGGGAGAUCAAGGUCCAGAUGGUCCACCAGGCCCGCGAGGACUCAGAGGAGAGCAGGGCCCAAAUGGAAGUGCAGGAGACCAGGGACCUGAGGGACCGACCGGGCCCAAAGGUGACCGUGGACCCAGUGGAACAAGUGGACCUCCUGGUGAUACUGGUAUUGGGUUUCCUGGACCAAAGGGGGAUAAGGGGAACCAAGGAAGACCAGGACUCACUGGACCAGUAGGCAUGGGUGAACCAGGCUUACCGGGACCACUUGGGCCCUCUGGUCUGCAAGGGAGCCAGGGCUUUCCUGGAGAGGGUCUCCCAGGGCCAAAGGGUGACCGAGGUUACGAGGGGCCCAAGGGCAGCCGUGGACCCCCAGGAUUGGGGAUAAAGGGUGACCAGGGGGACACUGGUGCCCCAGGACUGGCUGGCCUGAUGGGAUUUCCAGGAGCAGGUAUCCAGGGAGAAAAGGGAGACCAAGGGCCAGCGGGGCCUUCUGGACCCAGAGGGCCCCCGGGGCUGGGGAUUGUUGGACCUAAGGGUGAACAGGGCUUCCCAGGGGUUCACGGGUCUCAGGGAGAGAGGGGUGUCGGGGAACCAGGGCCUAAGGGGGAUCCAGGACCGGAUGGAGCUUCUGGGUUCCCUGGGAUCCCAGGGGAAGAUGGAGCUGUCGGGCCAAAGGGGGAGGUGGGAUUACCGGGCCACCGCGGCACUGAGGGUGUGCCUGGGAAAGGAAUUCCUGGAGAUAAGGGUGACAGGGGUGACCGGGGGCUAAGGGGGCUCUCAGGAUCUCCAGGGCCAGUGGGACCAGCAGGAGCCAAGGGGGAGCCGGGCACCCUGGGAAUGAUGGGCCUACCUGGUCCCCCUGGGCGAGGCCUGCCUGGAUCAAAGGGAGACCCAGGGCCAGUGGGUAUAUCUGGACCUGUUGGGGAGCCAGGCAUGGGCAUCACCGGGCCUAAGGGUGACAGAGGGAAUCCUGGGCCUGUUGGACCUCCAGGGAUGAAGGGAGAUGGUUAUCCAGGACCCCAGGGACUACCAGGGUUGCCAGGACAACCCGGGGAAAUGGGAUCAGAAGGGAAAGGACUUCCUGGUCCUAAGGGUGACAGAGGCUCCCCUGGAGUCAGUGGUCCAUCAGGACCACCAGGGAUCGGCCUCUUCGGACUUAAGGGCUCAAUGGGACAGCCUGGUGCACCUGGUCUGUCUGGUAUCCCUGGGGAGGGAAUCCAAGGGCCAAAGGGAGAGCCGGGCUUCCAGGGGCCAACGGGUCCCCGAGGGCCUCCAGGGGACGGCUUAGCAGGAGAGAAGGGAGAUAGGGGUGUCACAGGGGACCGUGGAAGGAAAGGAGACAGAGGCAACCUUGGAGAACCAGGAUCAGGAGGACCAAUGGGAAGACCUGGUGAAAAGGGAGAAGCUGGACUGACAAGAGAUCAAGUUAUCAAAAUCAUCAGGGAGAUAUGUGGCUGUGGACUGAAGUGUCGGGAGAGCCCCCUGGAGCUGGUGUUUGUGAUUGACAGCUCCGAGAGCGUGGGCCCAGAGAACUUUGAGGUGGUGAAGGACUUUGUCAACGUGCUGAUCGACCGCAUGUCGGUGAGCCGCGAGGCCAGCCGCAUCGGCGUGGUGCUCUACAGCCACGUGGACGUGGUGGUGGUCAGCCUGACGCAGCAGUCCAGCCAGGACGACGUCAAGGCCGCCGUCAGGAAGAUGGCCUACCUGGGCGAGGGCACCUUCACCGGCAGUGCCAUCCAGCGGGCCAACCAGCUGUUCCAGGCCGCGCGACCCGGCGUCAGGAAGGUGGUCUUGGUUCUCACGGACGGGCAGGCGGACCGCCGUGACGCGGUGCAGCCCGAGGACGCGUCCGCGGAGGCCCAUGCCGCCGGCAUAGAGAUGUUUGUGAUAGGCGUGGUGAAUAAGAGCGAUCCCCAGUACGCAGAGUUCCAGGCUGAGAUGAACGCCAUCGCCUCCGAUCCAGACGAGGAGCACGUUUACCUGAUAGAUGACUUCAUGACACUCCCCACUCUACAAAGCAAGCUACUGAGCCGGAUCUGUGAACAUGACGACGGCACACUCUUCAUCCCCAACUCCUUCCCUCCGCCUGCUCCCGUCGCCACCCUUGCACCUGUCUCCCCCCCUGAGGUCUACAGGGAGACCCCAGACUGGGGGGCAUCACCCGGCUUCGACGAGGACAACAGACGGUACGACGCAGAAGCAGAGACGGUGACUUUGCCGCAUUCUCAACCUUCCGAGCCAGAGGACUUUAAUGAGAACACGAUCGCUACCAGCUUUGUGGAGGAGCCCUUCUAUAAGCUCCCUGACCUCGGGACUUCCUCAUCCGAGGGCCGGGGAAAACAGCAGUCUCAUGUCAUCUCAGUAGAGGGCCCCCAGACCCCCAAUAACUGGCUCUACGUCCCACAGGCCACAAAGCCCACUAACACUCAGCCACCUCUACCUGCCCUGCCAGAAAUUUUUGUACCAGAUGUUGGCUGUAGGCUGUCCUUGGACCCGGGCCCAUGUCGACAGUAUGUGGUGAAGUGGUACUACGAUCCAGAGGCAAAUGCCUGCGCCCAGUUCUGGUAUGGAGGUUGCCAAGGCAACGCAAACCAAUUUGAGACCGAGGCAAAUUGCAAAAACGCCUGUGUCUACACGUAACAGACACUGUGCUGAGAUAAGGGAGGUGUGCAAAACCAACACAUCAGCCCAACAUCGUCAGAGCAGAUCAGAAGGAUGUACUGACUAGACAUGCUUAUCAAUCAGCGUUUGACACACGCUCCAGCAGGUGACAGGAAAUCUCCAGGAACAAACCCACGCUGUGGCCAAGGAAACAUCAAAGGCAAAGCCAACAGCAAAGGCCCUGUGCACUGUCUUCGUGUGCCAUCUUUGUUAUGUAGUCUGUGGACCAACUCCCCAAGUAAAAUGUCUAUUCUGUCUGUUUAUAUGUUGCAGUGUUUAUACUUCAACUUAGGAUAUAUAUAAAAAUAUAUAAAUGUCAUCUAUCAUAGUCUAUUUGGUAAUAUUGUCCUGGUGCAUUAAAAGACACAUUAAAUAUUGAUAUUGUCAGCAAUAUUUACAGUAAAUAUAUACUUUUGUUCAAUUAGCCACCUAACCUUUUGUAAACAUCUGCAAAUGACCUUAUCUACGGCCAAGUCAUCUUUUGUAAAUUCCUAUUACAAACAAAACCUGCAAAUGCUGCUUUGUUCUUUUGUUUACAUUUAUGAUUAUGACAUGGUCUUUUGUAAUAUGCACACAAAACUAAGUUACUUUGAUACUUCAAAAAGACUGUGAACUUAAAACAGAUCUGUGUGUUCUCAACUACCAUUUCUCUAGAUUGUAACUAAUACCCUAGUAGGUUAGCAAACUGAAUGUAAGUACAUAAGCAUUUUUUUUUCUAGACCUUCAAAAAGUUCUGCAGGAAACAAUUCAAAA